CGCGUGGCUCUGGGCAUCACCUGCGUGCAGUGCACACCAGUGCAGCUGGAGAUCCUGCGGCGUGCCGGGGCCAUGCCCAUCUCAUCGCGGCGCUGUGGGAUGAUCACCAAGCGGGAGGCAGAGAGGCUCUGCAAAUCCUUCCUGGGGGAGAACCGUCCACCCAAGCUGCCCGAUAACUUCGCUUUCGACGUGUCCCAUGAGUGCGCCUGGGGAUGCCGGGGGAGCUUCAUCCCUGCCCGCUACAACAGCUCGCGCGCCAAGUGCAUCAAGUGCACCUACUGCAGUAUGUAUUUCUCCCCCAACAAAUUCAUCUUUCACUCGCACCGCACUCCUGACGCCAAAUACACGCAGCCCGAUGCCGCCAACUUCAACUCCUGGCGCCGCCACCUCAAGCUGACCGACAAGAGCCCCCAGGACGAGCUGGUCUUUGCCUGGGAGGAUGUCAAGGCCAUGUUCAAUGGAGGAAGUCGCAAGCGAGCACUGCCGCCCGCACCCACUGCCACCGCUCCCGGGACCGCCGCUGUCCCCCAGUGCCACGCGCUGGGCUCAGUGAAGAGGGCUCUGCCAGAGAAGGCUGGCCAGGACCGUCCCCCCCCCACCGGCCACCCCUUCGCCCGUCCGGCUGCAGAGGAGAAGCUGGGGGAAGGCCAGGCCCCCAGGGCAGGCAGCGGUGGCAGCAGCCCAGUGCAGCUUCCGGCGCUGGAGGAGCAGCCCUGCUACAAAGAUAAUCAGAAGAGCAAGGAGGGAAACCAAGUCGUCCUGCCCACAAAGGAGGAUAACUUCUCAGAUAAGAGCAAGGAGCAUAAUUUCUUCCUCACGGAUUCUGAGCCUUCGGGAGGGGACUUCUGGAGAGAUGUAGCAGGUGAACACACACAAGAAACCAAUUCACCUCAUUCGCUGAAGAAGGAUGUAGAAAACAUGGGGAAAGAGGAACUCCAGAAGGUUUUGUUUGAACAAAUUGACUUACGGAGGAGGCUGGAGCAGGAGUUCCAGGUGUUGAAAGGAAAUACAUCUUUCCCAGUAUUCAAUAAUUUUCAAGAUCAGAUGAAACGAGAGCUGGCAUACAGAGAAGAAAUGGUGCAGCAGCUACAAAUUAUUCCCUAUGCAGCAAGCUUGAUCAGGAAAGAAAAGCUGGGUGCACACCUCAGCAAAAGCUAAAGAAGCGCAGGACCUUUUGCAGCUGUUCCCUUGUAAAUAAUAACCCACCGUUCUGAAAUCUAACUUGUAUAAAGACUGAUAAAAUGGAAGUGCUUGGGGAUAUAAAGAACAAGUAAAACAAAUCAGGUUCCUCCGAACUCAAGGACAAGUGACCUCAAAACAUCAUGGACAACCAUGUAAAAUAGAACGUAGCAGCCAUUUAUUAGUAAAACAAACAAAC